AUGCACUCAAAUAUAUUUGAUGACGUCGCACUAGAACGGCUGCGACGUGAGGCUGUUCCCUCAUCAAAUGAAAAUGCUACGGCUGAGGAUGUGUUGCCACAAGUUGCAGAACAACCCGCACACGUAGAUGCCGCCGUGAAUACUCCAAAGUACGCCUCUCGAAAAUUGACCGCGACUUCCCUGCAUAGCCCUAAGCAAGAGGAAUCGGGCUGUCGUGAGGGCUCUGAACCCAAUGCUGGUGACCUAUUUGGAAGCCAGCCGGGACCUUUGCGAUACGGACUCAAUUCUUUUUGUCGCCGCGCUGGCAGUCUGCCGUAUUAUAGGCUGGAUGCGCUACUGGCCAAAGUAGCACUAUCCCAGCAUGGAGAAAAAGAAUUGAGGAGCGUAUCGCAAAGGCUAGAGCCCUCAGGCAAUAACAGGUCAAGAAUUGUGCGCACCGUCAGGAUGGCAUUUGGGACAAAUGUCAGUUUAUCCCAGCCGGACAUAAUUCAAAAACUGACGGAGCGCAUAGAUGAUCUGAAGCAGAGAAUCGCUGCUUGGGGAAAGCGGUUUCGGCGAUAUACCGAGAGGUCGACUCAGUUCAACCAGAAUCGUCUCUUUCAGAGUGAUCAGAAGAGGCUCUAUGAAUCAUUGGAGCAAACAAAGGUAUGUGGAGCGGGCCAAGAACCGGAUCAUGCUAACAUUAUCACAUUCUGGCGUGGCCUGUGGUCAGAGACCGUAAACCACAGCGAGGGCCCUUGGAUGGAAGUUGUGGCGAGCCAGGGUGCAAGUGUUACGCCUAUGGACCAUAACGAUGGAAGACGUGACUGA